AUGGGUCCGCAGUUCACACGCCAGCUUCACGGCCAACUUCCCCGAAACCGAUGCCAUGGGUUUGAACAACUCCGCGUCUGUGGUCGGACGGCUACUCUUCUAUUACACGGAUACACUGUGAUAAUCAAGACUACCACGGCGGACAAGCAGCAUCUCAAUCAAGUAGAGGCAGACAAUUAUCGUUAUCUCAGAAGCCUGCAGGGAAAAUAUAUCCCUGUCUGUCUUGGGACAUUCACGCCACGGGUCUCAUAUUGGUACCGCGGCGAACUAAUGGAGAAGAUGAUGAUCCUGAGCUGGUUGGGAUGGAGGCCUCAGCACGUCAACGAUGAGAAGUCGGAUUUCUUCCACCUGGAGCGCGAGAAAACCCUGGCUGUGCUCCGGUCGCAUGGAGUGGUCUAUGGCUACAGUGAGUGGCGCAAUAUGUUGUGGGAUGACCUAGGUAGCCGUUUGAUUGUUAUUGACUUGGAGGACGUGAAAUGGUUGAAGCGCCCUCGUGCCCUUGAACUAAUGUCUGGAAAUGCACGGCUUGGUCAUCGCGCGAAGGUGGGAAAAUCCAGGCGAAAACUCUUGUCCAGCUCAACCGCUGUUUGCACAUGA